AUGGCAGAGUUAUAUGACCCCGCUGUCAGGUAUGAAAAUGAGGUCACGGUCAUUGCCGCUGAGCCGUCUGAGACAGUAACUCAGGAAGUUAUGUCGGAAGAUUACGACGUAUAUACUGAACAAGCUGAAACAGUUCUGCCAGAAGCGUACGAGACCGUCACAACACGGGAAGUAUAUCAGUGCGGUGACUGUUUUAAGUUGUUGUCAAGUUUGCGAAGUCUUCAACGUCACAUGCUUAUUCACGAUCCAUCGGCAAACCGCCCAAAGCCGGCUUUGAAGUAUCAAUGUGAAACUUGCAGCAAGUGUUUUCCGACGCCGAGCGCCUGUCAGCGUCACAUGAAUGCCCACAUCGGCUUUAAGAAAUACCAGUGCGAAAUAUGUAUGAAACGGUUUUCUCAGAAUGUGCAUGCGCAGCAUCAUAUGUUGGCCGCUCAUACACCUGGAGCCAAUGUUUACAAAUGUACGUUCGAAGGUUGCAAGCGGACAUUCGUCGUGGAGUAUAAACUCAAAUACCACAUGAGAGAACAUUUGAAUAUAAGGGAAUCAAAGUGGGAGUGUCAACAAUGCGGUGAAAAGUUUUGCACAGAGUAUCGUUUGAAGAGGCACGCACUAUGUCACAGCAGUACGCAGUUCACGUGUGAUGUCUGCGGUAACCUAAGCAGCUCCGCAAGACAUCUUCUAAUCCACAAGAAGAUGCAUACACAAGAGAACAACUACCAGUGUCAAGUGUGUCUGAAAACUUAUCAGAAUUCGAGCGGUUUUCGUAGUCAUGUGCAACGAAAAUGUGGAAGAGAUGCGUACAGGUACAAGUGUGAUAAAUGCAUGCAAUGCUUCUUUAAGGAGGACUCGCUUAAGACUCAUUUGCUUUCGCACGCAAAGGGCAGGCGAACGUAUGUUUGCGGGACGUGUCAGAAAACUUACGCGCAGCCUAGAAGUUUGAGUAAGCAUUGUGAGGCGAGCGGUCACAAAGCUUUGGAGGUUCAAGUCUCGUGUGAAGUAUGCCAGGAGACGUUUGCAAGCGGGCAGGAACUGGCAGAACACGUUGUGUCACAUACUGCUGAAGAAUUGGAUCCACCGCCACCUAGUCCCGAGGUUAUACCUUGUCGCCAGUGCGGGGAAACGUUCCUGACCAAGUUUAAACUCUUGUCACACAUUACUUCUGAGCACACCAAGGCAUACCUGUGUAAAAUUUGCGGAGAACGCUUCAAGAAAAGUGAUGGUGUCAGAAAACAUAUGAAGACUAUGCAUAGUAAAAAAUGA